AUGGCUACAGAGUCAAAAGUCGCAGAGAUCAUCUAUCCCUAUUUGACACAUCGUGGGGAUGUUUAUGGACUGCAGGACCCAAUCUCGUUCCCAAAGGAUUGUAUUGAGGUCCUACGUUCACGUCCCUUUACCUUUGCGGCUCGGAAUUGCAACAAAUGGGCCCUGGGUAGAGUGAUGCUGUGUGGGGACUCAGCUCAUGUAAUGCCACCUUUUGGAGGCCAAGGCAUUGCGUCUGGAUUCAGAGAUGCCUCAGGCUUAGCCUGGAGACUCGCGUUACUCUGCCGAAGAGAGAAUGAAGCAUACCACAAGAGUGUGAUUAGCAGCUGGUAUACGGAACGGAAACAACAACUCGAGGUCUCUAUCGCAAACACUGUCACGAAUGGCAACUUGUGCACUACCCGAAAUCAAGUCACCAUAUUCUUUCGAGACUGGAUACUUUGGUUCAUGCAGCAGUUUCCAGCUUGGAGAAAACAACUAGAACUUGGACCUCGUGUCGACGGAAUGGUCAGAUACAAGUGGGCUCCGGGAAUGGCCUUUUUGCCUGACGAUUUUGGUGGGAGAUGCCUGCCUCAGGUCUACUGCCGACCGCUCUUCAUUUCAACCAAGUCAACAGAUCCAGGGGUCCGUUUCACAGACGAUGUCAUCUUUGGAGCAGACAAGAAGAUGCUCUUUCAACUUGUCCUACUUGUGGACAACUUGAGCGCCGCCAAAAAGGCGUUGCUAGACCUACAGGCGGUAGACUUGGAGAGAGUCUCGAAAGGGAUGCUUUCAGGAAAAGAGGCUACAUGCAUCACACACGACUCGAGCCUCGAGCCAGACGACGUUGAUGAGCCCCUGAUUCCUUUCAAGCAGCAGCUAUACAGGAUCGCCACAGCAGAAGAAUUUGCGGCCACUGAAGCACUUUGCAGGAAUCGUCCCGAGCCAAUUGGCUACAAUAUGUAUCAGAUGAGAGAAGCAAUGAAGGGGAGGCGCUAUGUUAUCGUACGCCCCGACCGCUUCGUAUUCGCGGCUUGCGGGACCGUAGAAGGAUUGGUGCAGGCGUGCGCGGCGAUAGAGGAUGCUGUCUUCUCUAAAGGAAAGAUAUAA